AUGUGUCCAAACGGAAACGCAAGUCAAGCAACCGCCGAAUCGGAAUACAUAAGGCAACAUGUGAUCAACGAAGCUAUGCAUUUUGCUCGACAACAGGCUUUACUGUCCAUGAUCGAACAACAUACGAACCGGCAGAACAUGCUCGAAAACCAGAAUGCCAGACAAAAAGAACUUGAAGCAAUCAGUUCAUUCGAUAUCCGUAUAAAAGAGGUUAUUCUCGCUAAACGGAAGAUGAUACCUACGAAUGGCGAAGAUUUCCCUCUUCGCAAAGCUAUGUCGGAGCCUAAUCUGAAGUUGCGAUCGAAGCUGAGAACUAAGGUUGACCGGAGACACUCGCCUAUGCUAACAAGGAAAACCGGCGCGAACGAGAUCUUGAAUGAGCGCAUUCGAAGAAAAAUCUCAGCAACUGAGUCUCCUACAUCUGCCUCGCCAACAUCUACUAGCUCGAGUACAAUCUAUCCAAGCACAUCAUCUUCUGCCGCCACUGCUUGUUCUUCCUCGGGAAUGUUUUCUUCCCCAAGUCUUCCUAACAUUGCCGACAUCGCUUCUGGACAUCCUCACAGUCACCACCCACCGAACAGAAAAACAAGCCAUGACGAGUCCAACAUGGCUUCAAAAAGCCCCUAUCUUAUCCAGGCUCUUCUUGCGAGUCAAGUCGAACGGAAUCGCUUCUAUCGCGCGAAUUCUGUACCCACGCUUGGAGAAGACAUCAAAAACUGGGCAUCUUCUAGGCGAGAUCCUUCUCAAUAUUCUGCAUCUUUUGGGCCCGGAUUCACGCUGCCAGGACAAAAUGGAGAACUUGGGGGCUUUAGACAGAAUCCACAGAUGAUACCAAAUCUUAGUCAACUGAGUCUGAACUGUAAUCGAUUCCAAAUUGAACGAUCAAGCAGACUGAAUUCUUAUCAAACACCACUUGAGCGAAGAACUGGUUUCUUUGCGGAAAGAAAUAAUGAUCACGUUGAGGCAUUUGAAAAUAUAUUUUGGUCGAUGGCGGAGAGAUCUCUUCUUGACAAGAUUGAGCCUCGUCUUCCAAGUAAAGAUGAAUUGCGUUUAGUCCACUCGGAGAAGCUUAUUUCUUCGAAAUUCUCAGUCUCGCCGCUUGCAAUGGAAAAACAGGAAUCAUCCCAGUUCCAUAGUCUCUCGGGUAUCGUUGACACAGUCGUCGCGGUAGGAGUCGAUCAGCUAAGAAACGGCUUUGUUUUCGUCAGCAAUUCUGGUGUUCAAGCCGAAAAGGACUUCUCGCCCGAUUUUCCCUUCAACUCUAUCGCGAUCGCCGUAAAAUCAUUGCUUGAUCAGCGACCAAACUUCAGACUUCUCGUCCUCGAUCUUGCCGAAACCCAUGCCAGCGGCACUCAAAGCAUCUUCUACUCCGAUCCUAACGUCCUGACAGUCUCAUUUCAUAGAAGUCAGGGAACCCCAGAGAAGAUCGAAGAAAUCGGGAGAGGUACUGGAUUGGGCUUCAAUCUCAAUGUUCCGCUCCCUGACAAUGUUAGUGAUGAUGACAUCAAAGUCGUAGCUGAUGUUGUUCUUCUACCACUGAUGGUUGAGUUUGAACCUGAGCUGGUCAUUGUAAAUACAAACUUCUCCAAUUACUUUGAAAGAACUUCACCUGAACUUUAUGGGUGGUUAAUGGGUGAAAUUUCACAAAUCGCCGCACAAAAAGUCGUUGUCAUCUUCAAUGGCCUUGAAAGUCCCGCACUACCAGCUCGCAUUGCCUUCAAUAUGCGAACAGCAGUUUCCCAAAAGGAAGCUUUUCAGAAGUUAAAACGCAAACCUUUUUUACGCGAUGAAGUUCGGGAAACCAUCAUUUCCGUUAUUCACACUCAAGGGAAAUACUGGCCUUGUCUUCAGAGAUCGCGGCUGUUUCUUGAGCAGCUUAUUGAUUAUUCACAGGAGAUCGAGUCCGACGACGAGAAUAUAAAAGUCGACUGA